CAGUGAGGUGCGAGGCGAAGACGCGGGACUCCGGACGAGAGGGGAAGAAUAUAGCAGAAAAUGGCAACUGAACAAACUUCGUGGACAAGCUUUUCUACUAUUCAAAAAGUAGCCCUAGCCCUGGGAAUCCCGGCAAGUGCAGCAAUUGCCUACAUCCUAUACCGCCGAUUUAAGGAAAGCAGAGAAGAACGAUUGACAUUUGUUGGAGAAGAUGAUAUUGAGAUAGAGAUGCGAGUUCCCCAGGAGGCUGUGAAACUCAUCAUUGGUCGACAAGGAGCCAAUAUUAAACAGCUGCGGAAACAGACAGGUGCUCGGAUUGACGUGGACACAGAGGAUGUAGGCGAUGAGCGAGUGCUGCUGAUCAGUGGUUUUCCUGUUCAGGUGUGCAAGGCUAAAGCAGCAAUUCAUCAGAUUCUGACAGAGAACACCCCGGUUUUUGAGCAACUAUCGGUCCCCCAGCGAUCUGUGGGCAGAAUCAUAGGGAGAGGUGGCGAGACGAUUCGUUCUAUCUGUAAGGCUUCUGGAGCCAAAAUCACUUGUGAUAAAGAAUCGGAGGGAACAUUGCUACUGUCAAGACUUAUAAAAAUCUCAGGAACACAAAGGGAAGUGGCAACCGCCAAGCAUCUGAUCCUGGAGAAAGUGGCAGAAGAUGAAGAACUUCGAAAAAGAAUUGCCCAUUCGGCAGAAACCAGAGUUCCACGAAAGCAGCCAAUUAGUGUGAAAAGAGAGGCAGUGACGGAGCCAGGCGGAGCGGGUGAAGCAGCUUCAUGGAAGAGUACAAGUUCUAGCAUGGGGCCCGCUGUACCCCUAGAGGCUCCUUUCUAUCAAGGUAGUGGUGAUAUGGUUGCAGGACCAAAAGAAGUUUCCUGGGAGAAACCUGAUGACAACCUUGAGAAUUUUGGUGCCCAGAGCAGUCCAGAGCCAUACAUGUUUCAAGUUCCCAGUCCUGACUUCAGUUUCCAUGCCGAUGAGUACUUAGAAGUCUACGUUUCUGCUUCUGAACACCCUAACCACUUUUGGAUCCAAAUCAUUGGCUCCCGCAGCAUCCAAUUGGAUAAACUUAUCAAUGAGAUGACCCAAUACUAUGAAAAUAGUCUGCCUGAUGAAGAUUUGACUGUGCAAGUAGGAGAUGUUGUGGCGGCACCUUUACCUACAAAUAGCACCUGGUAUCGAGCCAAGAUUAUUGGAACCCUGGAAAAUGGGAAUUUGGACCUCUAUUUUGGUGACUUUGGAGAUAAUGGAGAGUGCCCACUGAAUGAUCUCAGGGCUCUCAGGAGUGACUUCCUGAGCCUUCCUUUUCAAGCCAUAGAAUGCAGUCUUGCACACAUUGGCCCCUCAGGUGAACGGUGGGAAGACGAAGCUCUAGAUGAGUUUGAAAGACUCACUCACUGUUCUGGCUGGAAGCCAUUGGUGGCCAAGAUUUCUAGCUAUGUCCAGACUGGAGUCUCAACUUGGCCAAAAAUCUAUUUAUAUGAUACCAGCAAUGGGGAGCAACUUGAUAUUGGACUAGAAUUAGUUCGUAAAGGAUAUGCAGUUGAACUUUCUGGAUAUGAAUGUGUGGAAGAUGUAGGAACUGUCCCAGAUACAUUGAAGGACAUAGCCACAGAAGAUGCUUCUCUUGCCAGCAUAUUCAGUGACACCAAAGAGAUCCCUGAAGAGUUACCACAUACUCUGUCCUGCUUUAGCAUGUCAGGUACAAACAGCAAUAUUGUCUAA